AUGGAAUUGCGUGUCAUCGAGGACCCCAAAAGCUCAUUGGUAGCUACCCUUCUAAGGGUAACGCCAGCUUGCCGCAUUCAUACCACGCUGUGCGCCAAAUAUACGUAUAAGUCAACAGCGAAAUGUUGGUAUAAAAUUCCUGCAACAGCUGCACUAAUUCAAGCAUCCUUAAGCGUUCAUGCAGAGAAUGGCGGUCUCGUUUCAUUAACUUACUAA